CUGGCCCUUUGUCAUUCCUCUCAGCCAGAUUAUCACGCUGAAUUUUCACCCAAUUUCCACAAUUUAUUUCCAAACUUAGAAGUUGAACUAGGCUCGUCCAAAAGUGGCCAGAUAGGUCAAGUAGCUCCCAGAAUUUGAUAAUGUCGGGUUCAUAUCCACCUCCAAUUCUUCCUAAGCCUCCAGUCGGCCUUCCUUUCAUAGCACCUAAACCAAAUAUGCCAGGUCAGGGUGUGAAUGCAAGUCAGUCAGGCUCUAACAGUCUCGAAGAAAAACGGCAGAAUGGAGGUAGUCCGAGCCAAAGAACCGAUGCUGAAAUGUUCGAUUUAGAAAGUGAAAUUGCUAGAAGGACAAGUCAGCGAAAGCGGCCUAAAGUAUGUUCACAGUUUGUCUUCAUUAUCUAAAUUUGUCAUUCAUGAUAUAUUAUGCAACAUUCUUCAAUUUAUUGUCAACAAUACGGUUUUGUGUUUCAGCUUUAGCCUUUUCUUACGGUUACAGAUGGAGUCUUUCCAAGGAACGAAAGACACAUUUGGAGUCUUAAGAAUCGAAUAUCUCCGGUAUAAUCUACCGUGACCUCCGAUCCGGGGACACUAAAUUUAUGCAAUACUAAACGAACUGUCAUUGAAGCAAUGAAAGCUGACUGGUUCGUGGUUCAGAGUCACAUGGGCUUUGUUUCAGAGAAUAUAUUUGAUAGUUCCUCGUAAGUGUUAGCUUCCAUUUCCUGAAUUCUGAAAAGGGGAAAAAGUUGGAGAAACUGUUGAAUUCCUUCGUUCCGGCUCGGAUGAGAGUAAAUGAGAGAUUUUCGACAAGAUUUUGAAACCAGAAAUGGGAAGCCCUACGUCACAUUGUCAACAAUGAAACUUUGUAAUCACUAACACGCAACGGGUUGGAGUCGUUUGAAGAUUUCCUCGGCAAAUGUACAAUUCCUUCGUCAUGUUCAGCCAGUGUUCAAGCUUUCGUCACGUUAAGUUGAUUAAAGGGCUAUCGCUGCUUUUUUUUCCCGGAGCAUCGAAUAAAUCACUCGUUUUUUUUUCGGCUUUGCGCGUUUGGAUUGUUUACAUAUUUUAUAGUGGAGUGGUCACUCGGGAACCUUUGUCCGCGGGAAGAUUGGGGAAUGACUGAUGAUUUUUCGCUCGUUCCUAGCCACGACCCAAACAUCGUUUUUGCUUGGAAAUUCCUGUCAAAAUUUCAGAUAAAUCGUCUGCCUUUUAUUACGCGAAACUGGUAGGGAUUCGAACCAUUUCUGUCCGAAAUCGCCGCGCGUAAUUUGUCGUUUUCUGACAAUGGAGGUAAGCGAAUUGUCCAAUGUUACACAACAUAACUCCUUCCGUACGCUCUCUGAACUCGAUUUAAAGAAGAUUCAUGGUUUUAUGUCUAAAAUUGACUGUAUUCCCCGAUUGUGGCUAAUUUUUUUUUGUUGGGUGAAAUUAGAAAGAUAAAAAUGAUCGAGAGAACGGAAACACUUUGUGUUCUUCUUCAGACAGCGAAGCAAUCGGUGAAUGUAUUUAUGAGCUAACACGCGUUCUCCAUGUGUUCAGCUGUUAAUUUUGAUGAAUUUUCGCGCUGAUUAUUUCUGUCUAGCGCUUAAAUUUAAGCGUUAUUUUUCAUACUGGCAUGUAGUCAACACAGUCAUAUUGAAAAGAUACUCUACUGAGGAGAGGAGAGUAACCAUAAAGUGUAAAGAAAAAUUUGCUAGAUACAAAAUAUAUUUUCCUGAUCAUUUAUUCAGCGCCUGGUAGCUUUUUCCAUGCCUUUGUUUUGCAAACCAUCUUGCAUUUAUGAAACAGCUACACAAAAUUUGAAUAUAAAUAUCACAUCCCUAAAGGUUUCCUUUUCUAAGAUUUUUUGCUGCAUGAAUUUAGUUAAAUUUAUGUGCCAGUUUCCUUGUCUAAAUUAAAAAUAAUUGUUUUAUUUACAUCACCUGAGAGUUGAAAUAUUGCAGUUGAUGAUGGGAAUUGUGAAUUUUUUUUUUUGUAUGCAUUUAAGCCAUCAGUGAGGCCAGGCAAGAUGCCUUAUUACGUAAUUUUGUGUUCUAUUGCCUGAGUGGACACUCUUGACUGUGAUGCUAAGAAAUCUUUUUGUUCUUGCUGGCCAAAGCCAAGGGGUUCAACGAACUCUGUUUGACACCAAUCAUGCUUGCUUCAACUUUACUCGAAUUAUACCAAACCUGGGGACCCACCACUUUUUUAGAUCCAGUUCUACUUCUGUGGUUGCUCUACAUAUUUGUGUUUAUUGGAGUUUGUCCCUUUUUUGCUUGAAUCGUUCAGUGAUAAAGAAUUAAAUGUUAUAGAUUUUAGAUCAAGUAAUUUUAUUGAGCAUUGAUAGUGAUUAUUGUGAUCACAGUUCUCAGUAGUUAGAAAGCAACUCUUGUUUCAUAAUGCUACUUAGCUCCAGUGUGAAGGUCAUGUCUGCUUUGAAGGUGACUUACAACAAUUAAUCAUAAUUGAACUGAGUGGAGUGCAGUUUGGUGGGACAAGUAUGAUUUCAGACCAAAAAGGCUUUUGAUUCAGUUUAAUUACCACUUUGUUACAUCCAUUUUGAAAUCUUAAAAUUCAGUACAAUUAUUUUAUUGAUCCAGUACUGAGCCUACAAAAGGUUUCAGUCAUUCUCUUAAAAAACUGAUUUGUGUCUUUAAACAAGCCUUGAAUUCUGAUUGAUUGUUGUGUUUUAGUCAUUAAAAAGCUUUCUCUUUGGUUAGGAAAAAUAUGCGGUUUAAAGCAAAAAAAUAAAUUGAUUUGAGAUUAAAUCAAACUUUUGAGAGCCAAUCAGAUUGCAAGGAUCACCAGUGAUUUCAAAAUGGAAUCUUUCUGAAUUUCUAUCUAUUUAUUGAGUCAGUGCUGCAUUGACAUUGACAUUGACUUUUUUUUACUUAAGUUGGCAUGUCUCAUGAAAAUUUGUGUAUGUUUUGAGUUUGUAUGAAUUGCAUACCUUUUCCAUGUGAGAGAAGAUCGCGAAGUCUUUUUGGUUUUUGAGUUGCCAAGUUGAUAUCAAAUGUUUGAACUAUGUAGGAAAUAAAGUCCUUCUUUUGUGCUACUGUUGUUGGUGAUUGUGUUAGAGAAAUAUUGAUUUAAUUGAGCAAUGGAUUUUGUUUACUUCAGGUGGAAUACACAGAAGUAGAUGUAAAAUUAGCCAACUUGACGGACGAGGAAAUGUCAGAUGAUGAAAUCAUCAGAACCACCACAAGGGCAUCACCAGUCCCUCCAGCUAUGGAGGCUGAAGAACCACGUGAAGUAGAAGAGGAAGAUGAUGAGGAAGAUGUUCCUGAAGGCUAGUUCUCUUUUUUUUAUAGCAGCUAGAGCUAUUGUAUUAGUCCUCCAAACUUAAGAAAUAGUCAAAUUAGUAUCAUUAUUUUCAAGUAUACUGUGCUAGGUUUAUGCUUAAAUCUUGUUGGAGUUCAGUGAAGGAGAAGGAAAGCUCAAAUUGUGUGAUUUAUGCUGCAGUUACCAAGCAUGUUGAUGCAGUUUUAGAGAGAUCAUUCCAUUUAUCACAUGUCUGAGUCAUGUUUUAUGGCCAUGUUGAAUUUGACAUGAUCCAUAUACGUCAUAGAGCUAGUUAACAUGAUAAAUUGUGCACUCAGUGUUUUGUUAAGGGAGUUGAAACAUUAUAGUGCAAUCCUUAUUAUUUCUCUAUUUUUGCUUUUGCCUCACAUCUGUCUUGUUUUCUUAUAUUCCUCGAAACUGUUCAUUCAAAUGCUUGAAAGAUUCAUAGUAUUCCAUGACAUUUUUCCUCGUAGGAACCCUCAGCCACUAACCAUAUGUUUGCAAUUUUGUGGCUCUGUCAAAUCCACUUUCUCGCUUUUGUCAUUAAUUGUUAUUAUUCAAAGCCCUUUCAACUGAAGAGCUCCCAUUGAGGCAACAUAGUGGUACAACUAACAUCAAUAAUUAUUAAGAAUUGCUUUUAACUGAAAUUCAUUUUAAAUUUCAGCAUAAUUGUUGUAGUUUCAAGUGAAUUCAGGUCAAAAUAAUUUUAAGACUGUAGAAGUUUUAAUUCCUUUGUUCUCAGGAAAAUAAUUGAAAUUUUUAAAUAUAGAUAAAACCAAUGGACAUUCCCUGUAUGGAAUUAUUUUAACUGGGAGUCCCUUUCAACUAACAACAUUUACACUUACAGGACUUGAGGGUGCAGCGUUCCAAAGUAGAUUGCCUUUUGAUAAGAUGACAUCACAAGAGGCAUCAUGUUUCCCAGAUGUCUCUCAAGGCCCUCCCCCUGUCCAGAAACAGUUUUUAUACAUCAGGAAUAGAAUGGUAUUUGAAAUCAAUUAAAAUUUUUAUAUGAUGGAUUUUACUUCUUUUGAAAAUUAUUGUAAUUUACCUACGGAUUUUGUGGUUCAAAAUUGUCUUGAUGAGAUUUUGCAGAUCAGUUUGAUUUUUCUUUGUCUGGUGUUGAUUAAUUAUCAUGAUGAAAAAAUUAGGAAAUAAAAAAUAAACUGGUGUGAAACAUGUUAAUCAAGGAAAAUUUUAAAAUAUGACACCUAUAGAUAUUACCCCUCAGUCACUAUCAGACAGAGUGCAUAGUAAUUCUUCUGCUUAAAGUUUGAUGAAGUUGUUGUUGUUUUUUACCAAUGUAAGCUACAAUUAUGGGUUGAAAAUCCACGACAACAGAUGACAUUGGAGCAUGCAAUGUCACAAAUGGACCCUCAAAAUAGUAAGUUCUUCCCCUUGUACAUUCUCUUAAUGUCUUUUUUUUACAUUUUUAUGAUAGCUUUUCAAUCUGUCUGAAAGUUUAAAGCAAAUAAGAAAUUAUUAUAGUAAACGGCCAAGUUGUCAAAGGUGGCAUGUUGCUUUUUCAGAUUACACACAAGAUCACGAACUAUUCAGUUAAAAUAUCUUUGUGGCAUUCCACAAAGAUCACACAAACCUGAAAGCAACUCCUGAAUUUGGAAUCAUUGUGCAGAUUUAAACCUGUUACUGGUAACUCAGAGAUAGCUUGUGUACAUAUUUCCUCAAUGACAUUUCACAAGGUUUACAAUUUUUCAUUGCCACUUGUGUAAAAUGAAAUGCACGUAGAACCUAAAUAGGUUUAUGUCUGGCUAUGAAAAUUGAUAAUUUUUGUUUGCUUUCCCUGUAGGUGAUCCCAAACUUGCAGCAAGAGUACAUGCCUUCCUUUCACGAUAUGGCUUGAUAAACUUUGGAAUAUACAAGGUUCUUAAGAUGCCAGCAGCAUGUAAGUAGAACUUAUAAUAAAGAGUAAAAUGUCAGUAUAUAUUGAUCCUACAUGUAUAUGCUACACAGUGUGUAUAAUCCUUGAAUGACAUGUGAGGUUAGUGAUCUUGAUUAAGCAUUCAUCUUGGACUUCUUCAUUAUCCAUAAUCAAAGUUGUUGUAUUUGAGAAAUAUGUAGACCAUACCAUUUAUGUGACACACAAAUAAUUUUUUGUAGACCAGAUCAGAAGAACAAUACUUUCUGCACAGAUAUGUUUCUGUGGAGAUUUCAUCGUGCUUUGCAUCUAUAAGCUAAGAGCUUUAAUUCAAAAUAACCAUGAAUAGACACUUUCUAACAAGCUGGGUGCAUUCAGGUAUAUCCAAACAGUUGGGAGUCAAUCUUUUUUAUAUUAUAUAUAUAAAAGUGUGGGCCAUGAUAAAUUCAGGGUGCCAGCUAUAACCUUAUGUCCAAGAUCUGUGAUUUUACCUGUGUUACAUCAACAUAAAAAAAAUUCCUUGAAGAACCCUGAAAAACUAAUAAUUUUAUCCAGGGUUUGGGUUUGAAUCAGAAGCCAGUCAUAGUGGUGUGGUUUUCAGGAAUUAUACUCUUCUUUAUGGGAGGAAAAAUUUGGCUGUUACUUUUAAUUUUUAUACCUAUCGUAUUUGAAUACUUCUGACAUGAGUUGAAUAUAGUUUAUAAGUGUUAAGUGAAUGUAUGGUUCCCUUUUUAGUAAAAAAGUCACCCAAAGUGAUAGUUGUUGGUUCAGGAAUCUCUGGUCUUGCAGCUGCACGGCAGUUACAGUCUUUUGGAAUUGAUGUUACUAUUGUGGAAGCGAGGGUAAGGCAGCAUUACUCUCAAACACUCAGUUGGUUGAAAUUUAAAAUAUCUCAAGAAUUAUUUUAAUGGGUAAUUUGUUGAUAGUUGAAUAUUUGUUGUGGUAUUAUCAAUAAUUAUUACUUAAAAUCUGGUAUUGCUUGCAGGAACGUGUGGGAGGAAGGGUAGCAACAUUCCGUAAAGGACAGUACAUUGCAGAUCUUGGGGCCAUGGUACUCACUGGGUUAGGUUGGUAUUAUUUACUUGUUAACGUUAAAAUGUUUUAAUUUGUCUUCAUAAAAUCUACACUUACAUGCAACAUCUUUUAUCUGUGACCUGAGACCACAGACUACAUGGCUAUCUUAGCACAAAGUUUAUUGUUCACAGUCAUUGAGGUUUUGUACUUAUUGUCUGGGAGGAAGAGCCAGACAGAAAAAUACUAUUGGCUCAAGGUCAAGAAAAAUUGACCAAGCUCAGCAAGCCAGACACGUCCUGUCCAGCUUGACCUCACUCAUUCAAUAAACAUUUUAUUAUAAUUGUGACUGUGGCUCUUUCUUCCUUUCUCCUUUAAGCUCAUGGCUUGCAAUGCUUUAGGUUUUGAAUGACCCUGCUGGUCAUUAAAGGAAAAAAUCUAUUGAUCUAAAAAUUAAUGAAUAUUCCUCUUGGCUAGCCAAUCAGAAGAAAGGAUUUACUUUAUUUGGCUUGCCUGUUGAUAAGGGUAUGUCAAAAAUGAUAACCAACAAAGGAAAACUUGCUGAGGGAGUCAUUCUUUUAUUGCAGGGGGAAAUCCUUUGACAGUUCUGGCAAAUCAAAUCAAUAUGGAUCUUCAUAAGAUUAGGCAAAAGUGUCCAUUGUAUGAAACUCAUGGAAAGUCGGUAUGAACUGUGUCUUGUUUUGAAACUUAUGAAAUUAAUGACUUUUCAGCACAAGCUAGUAUUUCACUGGUGGUCAAAAAUGAUGUUGUUGUCAUCAAGGUUAGCAUCUUUAGUGUCAAAUGUAUUUAGGAUUUUCAUAACCAAAAAUCAAUUUCUGAGAAUUGGACCUUGAUCAUUUACCACCUGUGUUCAAUAAAAGAGCCAAUUUAAAAUACCGUUUUUGAUGUGUUGGAUGGUUAGCAAUCAUUUUAGGCUGAAAAAGAGUUUGGAAGAAUUACAGUUUGAAUGUAAUUUGUCAUCAACAAUAGUUUUCCUCAGCCUGAAAAUUGGUUUGACAUUUUGUUUAAGAGGAAUUGCUGAUUGUAAAUAAUGUACAAAAUUCACUUCCCUUUACAAAGUUUACUUCUUGCCUUCCAAAAAGAUGAGGUUUUAUUGUCUUGCUAUUAUGAAAUAUUGGCUCCAGUAAUUACUGUUUAUUAGGGUGAUGAACUUUUACCUAGCAGUUUAUUUCAAACUUAAACUUUUCCCUAAAUAUUUAAAUUAUAACAAUUUAUUAUUAUAAUUAUUAUAGUUUGGUGUGGUUAGGUUUGGAAAGUUUAAACUUAAAACUUCUUAACUUGCUGUUUGAGUAACCUGACGUGUAUGCACCUGUAAAGCUUUGUACAGUUUGUUCAGUUCAAGGUUAUGGUUUUUCAGACAUGUUUUCAUCUUCUUCAUUGUCCACUAAAAGUAAUUGGGAAAAAGAGUAGACUGAAUCAGUCUACAUUGUAACACUGAUGUUUUAAAUGAACUGAAAAGCUGGUUUUUAUUCUAAAUUACCCUAUUUGAAUUUUACACCCUGACUUUUUUGCUUAUUUUUUAUUUGAGAAAAGUCAAAAUCACCUGUUUAAGCAGACACAAAAUUGUGUUAAUCAAAACAUUAGAAAGUUGUUAACAGUUCUGGCAAGUGCCAAUGGUACAUGUACAAUGGAUUAUAAGUUACAUGUAUGAAUUUAUUGUAAUCAGCAAUAUAAUGAUGUUAUAGAAUGUCUGGUCACUAAAAAUAGGGUAAAAAUUAAAAAAAAAAAAAAAGGUAAAAUAAAUUUAACAUAACAGUCAAGAAAUGUUAAAUUAAACUAAACCUGGAAUGACAACAUACACCUUGAUUUAAACGAACCAAAGUUAACAUUUGAUUUUUUCCUGAAGGGCCCACUUGAAAAGAAGGCCAACAGCCGGCUUGCUGCUGUGAGGGUAGGCUUUCCUCUUUUUCACCAGAAUGAAGUCAAUAUGCCAUUCAUUGUACAUGUACCUUCAUGCACUUGUCAAUUGCGUUCAUUCUUACCCAGUCACCAACACCUAUUGCUAAACAUUUUUUUUUUUUAAUGCGCUCAGCUUCUUUUGUUUUUCCUGCUCUCUUCUCUCAGCAUAUUAACCAUAAAACCACUCUUAAUAAAUGUAAAUUAGCAACUCUCAAAACUCUUUCCUCUUUUUGCAAAUAAGCCUUCUUGGUAAAGGUGAGCUUAAAAAAACACAGCUUAUAAAUUGCUGGCAAUAGAAAUACAUCCAUUCAGUGAAUUCCAUUCUUAAGCAUUUGUGUGUAUCAUUUUCAUGUGUAAAUAUAAGUUUUGUCAUUAAUUUAUACAAUCAUAUGUUUUCUUGUGUCACAUGAUUUAGAGUAACUUUCAACUAAGUGUUGAAAGGAAUUUGGGAUUGCUCUGGUGUGGCUUUACUUUGUUCUGUUAUUGGUACAGAAAACACACCUCCUUCUCAAGCAAUCAGAUGCGAAACAAGAAGCAAUUGUGACUUUAUCACUAGUGUUUUCCCCCAUUAACCACAUUUUUCUGCAGGUACCUAAAGAGAAAGAUGAGAUGGUGGAAAGGGAGUUCAACAGGUUGCUGGAAGCCACCUCAUAUUUGUCACAUCAAAUUGACUUUAACUACAUGAACAGCAAACCUGUGUCUUUAGGCCAUGCCCUGGAACUUGUGAUCAAGUUAGUUACCAAUGAAUUUAUAUGGUUAUAAACUGACUAGUCCAGUUUAUAGCUAAUUCUUUGUUAUCUUGGCUGAUUUUGGUGUUAUGCAUUGAUUGGCAUGGCUAAAAUUAGUUAAAAUAAUUAUAUCUUUUGUGUAGUAUGAUUGAUUCAUUUUGUUUACAGCAAGUAACCCUAUCAUUUGUACCAUUUUAAGAGAAUUCCUCCAAAUAAGAGCAAACCUGUUUAUUCAUCUAAAUUUGGUCUAUUGAGUUCAAAUGUAUGUACUGAUUUGAUUUCAGGAUGCAAGAGAGGCAUGUUAAGGAGCAGCAGAUCGAACAUGCAAAAAAGAUUCUCAAUAUUCAAGAGCAACUGAAGGCUAACUUAGCCCAGGUAAAUUAGUUUUACUUGGGGAUCACCAUGUUACAUACUCUGGGUUUUCUGUGGUUGAGUCUUUCUGUGUUUAGUGUACCUCUCUGACCUGUGAUUGAUGAAGUAUUGUUUUGCUUUUUAUUAUCAGAUGGUGCAGAUUAAGGAGAAAGUCAAGCAAACUCAUAAGGAAUACCAAGAGGCCCUCAAGGUCAAAGAACCAAGGUAUAGCACAAUGUCAAAAUUUUUCAUUCUUGUACUGCCAAAAGUGUCAAACAGAUAACUUGCUCUCUGAAUGGUAAUUGCACUUUAUCCAGCAGACAGGUCAUAAGAAGAGAUAAAUAAAUUACCAGUUGGAGGCUUAAUCAUACACUGAACUUUUUUAAUUGCUCUAUAUAGAAAUUUAUAGUAAUGAGGUGGGAGAAUUGCAAUUCACAUCCUAGUGAUUAAGGUUAAUUUUGAAUUCCACGACAGACAAUUUCCAACAACAAUUGCUCUUUAAGGCUCUGGCAUGGCACAGCUCUUGCCCCAUAAAAGAUAGAAACACAUUUUCUGAUCACAAGAAUGUUAGUGUGUGAGCUACAUUCAAUUGCAUACUCAGCUUAAUUUCCAGUAUUUUUGUAAGUGCAAUUUAUAAAUGCAUUUGAUUUUAGCAAGGAUCUUUUUGUUUUCUUUGUUUGUGUUUUGCUUUUUCUGAAUAUUCUUCAAGUGUCAAGGUUAUAAUUUUGAUAAUUGAAUUUCUCAACAGGGAUGUCACAUCAGAGUUUUUGGUGAAAAGCAAGCUAAGAGACCUGAAUGCCCUUUGCAGGGUAAGUACAUUAUGGUGGGUUUGAAGGAUAAAAAGUUCCAUGGCUGUUUUUGCAAAGAUAAAAAAACACUCAUGAUUUUAUUUUUUUGAUAAAUCCAAUUAAAGGAAUAUGAUGAAAUGGCAGAGGAGCAGCUUCGUAUUGAGGAGAGACUUGAAGAACUUGAAGAUAACCCACCGAGGUAAAUUAUUUAAAUUUAGAAAACAGCUUUGUUCAAAUGAGUUUGGGUUAAAUCUGGUGUAAAGGCUUACAUGAAUACACAAGUGGUAUUCUUGUUUUGCAAUUUCCUUGUAAUCAAUUGGAAUUUGCAAUGAAAUAGUUUAGCAUGCAAGUUUGAUUUAGCUCCCCCAGUGUGUCAUUUAGAAGUGUUAAAUCUGUUUUGAUGGUCAUUUCACAGUGAUGUUUACUUAUCAUCAAGAGACCGACAGAUCCUAGACUGGCAUUUUGCUAAUCUAGAGUUUGCAAAUGCCACGCCCUUGACAUCACUGUCACUUAAACACUGGGACCAAGAUGAUGAUUUUGAGUUCAGUGGCAGUCACAUGACUGUUCGUAAUGGUUACUCUUGUCUUCCUGCUGCUUUGGCUGAAGGACUUGAUAUCAGACUCAACACUGCAGUGAGACAUGUGCGCUAUAACAGAACUGGUAUGUGCCAUUGCUUGCUCAGUGGAUAACUUAAUGGAUGAUAUACAUGUAUAUAGAUUUUAGUUUCAAUAACACUUCCAAAAAAGCUCAUAGGCCCAUUGUGUUUAAGAAAAUCAUACUUGAAAAUCCAAAACAAAAAUUUGGUUUGAAAAACUCAAAAGUCAGGUGAGUUAAGUUGCUUUGUGUUAAUGUCUUUGUGGGUAGUAUGCCAUCCAAGAUUAGAAACCUUACAUCAUUGUUGAUUAAUUUUAAAUCCCUGUUUCCUGUUGCUUUUAGUGUUUCCUAUACGCUGUUGAUCUCUCUAUUUCUUUUUUCCUGUGUCCCUUUCCAUUUCAUUUUUUCUUUAUUAUUUCUUUUUUAUGUAGUCUUUCCUGUUGACGUCUCUAUUUCCUGUUUCUUGUUUUGGUUUCCAUUGUUUCAUUCCUGUUCCUGUUUCUAGUCCAUGUGGCAUCGUACUCCUUGAUUCAAUUCCUUUUCCAGUUCCUGUCUAUUUUCUCUUUUCAUUUCCUGUUUCCUGUUCUAGCUCCCACAACUCAAAGACACUGAAAAGGUCUGUAACUAGCAUAGCAUUAUGCCAGUGUGGUAGUAACAUGUCUGUUGGUUAUUUUCCAAUCCAUAUACCACCUAUUUCUGUCAACUGUGUUUUAGGUGUAGAAAUUGUCACCCAGAGCACAAGCAAGUCAUCAAUCACUACAACACAGACAUUUAAGGGAGAUGCUGUGUUGAUAACACUUCCACUUGGAGUACUCAAAAGCCAUCCAUCAGGUGUGCAGUUUCACCCUCCCCUCCCAGAGUGGAAGACUGCUGCUAUUCACAGAAUGGGCUUUGGAAAUUUAAACAAGGUGGGAAAAAAACUUAAUAUCAUACACAGAUCCAGCAGUACAAUGUUUGAAUUUAUAUUAAUAAAAAUUAUAUUUGAGAUGCUUAUCUUGGUUUCACACAAAUUCUAACUUACUUUGGAUUUCCUCCACUGUUACUUGGAGGAAAAACUAUUACAAGUUUCAAGAUAUUUUCACACCUACCAUAUAGCCAACUUUUGAAAAAAACUUUUAUAUCCAUAAUUUCCUCUUGUAUAGCUUUUUAUUUGUAUAUUGCUUUGACCAAUGGUUGUUGAUGUAUUUUAUGAGUUUGGGACAUAGGAGAUAUGUGACCCUUAAAUCCUUCAAUUUGUAGGUCAGAUACUUUACCAUGUUAGAAGGAGAGAACUUAUUAGUGAACUUCAUGUCUCCCAUUUAUGCAGUUCAUAUUGAACUCUUCAUAAGAAUUUAAUUCAACAGCUGUGUUUUAUUUGUAUAAGGUGGUUCUUUGCUUUGAUCGAGUGUUCUGGGAUCCAAACACCAACCUGUUUGGUCACGUUGGAAGUACAACGGCGAACCGUGGUGAGCUUUUCCUGUUUUGGAAUCUGUACAAGUCACCGGUGCUUAUUGCUCUAGUGGCUGGUGAAGCUGCCAAUAAGCUGGAAAAUGUGUCUGAUGAAAUUAUUGUGGGAAGUGCUAUUGCAGUCUUAAAAGGAAUAUUUGGGAGCAGUGCUGUUCCUCAGGUUUGUUACUUACUUUUUCCCAUUAAACUCCCCUGCUCUGAGAUAAAUUUCAAAUACAAAGGCUGGUGAAAAUUAACCUUCUCACAGCUGAGAUCUGGAAUGUUAUUCCUCCCAACAGCAGACCAUACAUUUCUUUAUUGGCUUCUCCUGAGAAUUUAGCACUAUGUUCUGCCAACAAUUCUUACUUGAUGAUGUGUUCUAUGUUCUGCCAACAAUUCUUACUUGAUGAUGUGUUCUAUGUUUUGCCAACAAUUCUUACUUGAUGAUGUGUUCUAUGUUCUGCCAACAAUUCUUACUUGAUGAUGUAUUCUUUGUUUGCCACCUGUCUACAUGGGUUAACCGACUGAAGCUUCACUUUCAGCCUUGGCAAAAUCCAUAUAUUUUAAAAGCCAACUUUUGUUUGUUUUUGUUUGCAAUAUUUAGUUAUGGGACUAUGCUCAUCGUACAGUCAUCCAUUUUCAUUUAAAAAAACACUUAAACCUGAACUUUUCAUUGUUAUUGUGUGAAACUAGGUUUUGAGUUUGCCAAAUGGUGGCAAAAGAAAAUGUGAGAAAGCAAAGAAUCUUAUUAGCUAGGUUCCCACAUUUACAAACUAUAGUAGACUUGAAAGUUUCUGCCAGCUAGUCUUACUUAGGGCCUCAAACUUAUUUGAGAGGAAAGAAAUGCACUUGUUGAAGUUCCAUUGAUGAGAAACUGCUCACAGACUAAUUUUAUGUGUUAAGGAUAAUGUCAACUAGAAAGCAAAGAAGCUGAGUCCCCACCACUGCCUAUGGCACUUCAUGAUUGAAUCUUUUUCUUUCAGCCUAAAGAGACAGUUGUAACAAGGUGGAAGUCAGAUGAGUGGUCACGAGGCUCUUACUCCUUUGUUGCUGCUGGUUCUUCAGGAAAUGACUAUGAUCUCAUGGCUUCUCCAGUGGCACCUCCACCAGUAUCAGGGAUGCCUCCAGGUAAUCCUGCCCCACCCAAUCCUCCCAGAGUGUUCUUUGCCGGGGAGCAUACAAUAAGGAAUUAUCCUGCCACAGUACAUGGAGCUCUUUUGAGUGGCUUGAGAGAGGCUGGCAGAAUUGCAGACCAGUUUUUGGGACUACCUUAUGAAGUAAACAGAAUUGGGCAGCCACCCAUGACCCAGGCCUAAAGUCCUCUAACAAGUUGAUUUGUCCAGGAAAGAUGAUGCGGUGCUCAAGUUCAAGUUCCAGCUUUUAUAAUGUGAAUAUUGUUGUCAAAAUGGACAAACUUUGUUACCUUUGUUAUGGUUUUAAGGUCAGUAUGCUGUCACAGCAUGUCUUAUGUGCCUUUUAAUCACAGACUUGAUGUACAUAGAGUUUUUGUUGUAGAGGACAUUGUCAAAAAUUAAUUAUAUUGUAACAAGUGGUAGGUCUUUAAGAAGUUUGAUGUUUUUAUCAGGGACAUUUAACUUGUAGCUAAGUCACAAUCCUCUCAUUUACAUACACCUCCUAACAGUUCUCUUCAAGCAUCUUAUCAUCAAUUUACACCAUGAAGGAAACUUUUAGGGCAUAACUUUAAAAAAACCCUACUAUGCUAGAUAGUUAAAUGUUCAUGUUCUGUAAAAUUAGUCUCAUCAAUGAAAACAG